AUGGCUAGAGGACCAAAGAAGCAUUUAAAGAGAUUGGCAGCUCCACACCACUGGUUGUUGGACAAGUUGUCUGGAUGUUACGCUCCAAGACCAUCCCAGGGUCCACACAAGUUGCGUGAAUCAUUGCCAUUGAUUGUUUUCUUGAGAAACAGAUUAAAGUACGCUUUGAAUGGCCGUGAAGUCAAGGCUAUUUUGAUGCAACGUCACGUCAAGGUUGACGGCAAGGUCAGAACUGACACCACUUAUCCAACUGGUUUUAUGGAUGUUAUCAGCUUAGAGGCUACCAACGAGAAUUUUAGAUUGGUCUAUGAUGUUAAAGGUAGAUUUGCUGUCCACCGUAUCACCGAUGAAGAAGCUGCUUACAAGUUGGGAAAGGUCAAGAAGGUUCAGUUAGGUAAUAAGGGUGUUCCAUACGUUGUUACUCACGACGGUAGAACUAUCAGAUACCCAGAUCCAAAUGUCAAGGUCAAUGACACUGUUAAGGUCGAUUUGGCCACUGGUAAGAUCACUGAUUUCAUUAAGUUCGACACUGGUAAGUUGGUUUAUGUUACUGGUGGUCGUAACUUGGGUCGUAUUGGUGUUAUUACCCAUAGAGAAAGACACGAAGGUGGUUUUGACUUGGUCCACAUCAAGGACUCCUUGGAGAACACUUUUGUUACCAGAUUGAACAACGUUUUUGUCAUUGGUGAGCAAGGUAGACCAUGGAUCUCUUUGCCAAAGGGUAAGGGUAUCAAGCUCUCUAUUGCUGAAGAGCGUGAUCGUAGAAGAGCUCAACAAGGCUUGUAA